GUGCUCGGUAAAACGCGGAAUAACUUCAUUUAAAAUUAUAUACCAGUGGAAAUAAUACGGCACUUGCCCUACCGAUAGCCUAAUUGGUUGAUAGGCCUCUUAUUGUGUACGGAAGUUGCAACAAAUCUUUUGAUACUCAAUAAAUAGCGUUAAAGACUUUUUUGUCAACUACUUCCUUCAACAUGUACAUCAUCCAUACAAUAUUUUCUAUUACUUUACUGAUUUUCUUUUGCCAAAAUGUAUAUGUAUUGGCACAGCCGGUCGGUGAUGAGCUUAGUACAUGUGAAGAUCAGCUUACAAAAUAUCGUCGCUUUUUACUACAAGCCAUUUUAAGCUUUGAAGAUGUCUGUGACGCUUACGACUCACAUCCACUUAACCCGCUUGAAGCUUUAUAUAGACAGGAACAAGACACCGUUAGUGCGCCACUUUUCCGAACACUACAAACGGGUAGCACAGCCAGCCAACAACGUAGUGAGAUUUGGGCUUUUUUCAAACUAUUGAUGGCACAAUUUAACGACAUGGAUUUUGUCAACAUCAUUAAGGAAGCUGUUAUUGAUCGUUGCCGUAUGAAAUCCCAGCAGCAGCAUGAUGAAAAACGCAACUCCGUCGUAUUGGGUAAAAAGCAGAGAUUCCAUUCGUGGGGUGGUAAACGCGCACAACUAUCGGCUGACGAAAGAAGCAUGGACAUGUUGUAAGUGCUAUGAGCUGGUUAACUGUCUAUAAAAUCUUCACUAUUCUUCACGGGCUGGAUACUUUCGUUUAUUGUAUAUAACUAUCAAAUGUUUUAACACAAACAAAAACCCAUAUAAUUUUACAACUAUUCUAUGCUGUCUGCAACUACAUUAAAGUACAAAAA